GGCGAACCCACCAAACAGGCAAACAGGGACAGGAGUGGAGAACAAAACGACGCCACCAAUCAACAGCUUCACGAGCUCCCCUCCACUCCAACUUCCAAUCAACCGCUUUCCUCUCCUCCUUCCCCUCCCCUUCCAAGCUACGCCUAAGCCCCACCACCACCGCCGGUAUUCCACCACCCCACCCCGCAACCCACCCACCGCGCUCCCCAUGGCGAAGAGCACGCAACCCCGCGCGCCGGAGCGGGAUCCCAUGCUCCCCACCGCCUCCUCCCCGAUCCCGCCGCCCUACCUCGACCCCCACCCCUCCGACUCCUACGCCGUCCUCCUCGUCCCCAUCCGCCUCCGCCGCCGCCUGCACCGCGGCUGCCGCUGCGGCUGCUCUGCCCCCCUCCUCUCCUCCCUCGCGCUCCUCGCGCUAGCGGCCUUCCUCGUCUGGCCCGCCGACCCGGACGUCAGCCUCGCCCGCCUCCACCUCACGCACGUCUCCGUCGUGGCCCGCCCCGCCGUCGCCCUCACCAUCUCCGUCGCGCUCAAGGUCCGCGUUCGCAACCCGGACCUCUUCGCGCUCGACUACUCCCGCCUUGACGUCGCCAUCGGCUACCGCGGCGCGCCGCUCGGCUGGGUCACCUCCGGCGGUGGGCUCGUCCGCGCGCGCGCCGUAUCGUACAUCGACGCUGAUCUCCAUCUCGACGGCAUUAGUGUGGUAGAGGACGCGAUCUACCUGCUCGAGGACCUCGCGCGGGGAUCUGUACCCUUCGACGCCGUCGCCGAGGUCGAGGGCCACCUACGAUUCUUCUUCCUCAGCAUCCCCGUCAAGGGGAAAAUAUCUUGCGUGGUACAUGUUAAUCCGCACAAUCAAACCAUAGUACAUCAGGACUGUUAUCCGGAGUGAAUUUCUAAUGGCGUCGAAGCUAUCUUCUCUUGCGAAUGGAUCGUUUCUAAGCUUCGCUUGGAUUCCUUGUUGUAAACUCGAUACGUUAUCUAUAUGGAUGAACACGGGCGACAAACAAUCAAAUCUAUAGUGGGAGAUGGGAGCCUAUUGUGCAAAAUAGCAUCUUGGUAUCAGCUGUCUUAGUUACACUCAAACUUUGCAGCAGAGCAUUAGUUACCACGCAUACUCUAGUAUUACUAUCCUGCUACUAUUCUAGUACCUAGCACCAGACGACGUAACUUGUAAGCAGCACAAUGCACCUGCACUAUUUGAUCUCACCCGUCUUUGAUGA